GCUAGAGUUCAUUCCCUUUCGUCUGAGCCCUCCCUCUCGCCGCACCACCCAGAACCUUCCAAGCUGCUGCUCCCCGGUGCACGUUGUCAAAAAUGAUCGGCCAGCAAGUUUUAGUGCUCAACCAGAACGUGAAAAGAGAGUCGGGGCGUAAAGUCCAGACAGGAAACAUCAAUGCUGCAAAGAACAUCGCAGAUGUGAUCAGAACCUGUCUUGGCCCACGGGCCAUGAUGAAGAUGUUACUGGACCCAACCGGGGGAAUCGUCAUGACAAAUGACGGUAAUGCCAUCCUCCGAGAGAUUCAGGUGCAGCAUCCUGCAGCCAAGUCCAUGAUUGAGAUCAGCCGUACACAGGAUGAAGAGGUGGGAGACGGGACCACCUCAGUCAUCAUCCUAGCUGGAGAGAUGUUGGCUAUAGCAGAACAGUUUCUGGAGCAGCAGAUGCACCCAACAGUGAUCAUCAGCGCCUACAGGCAGGCUCUGGAGGACAUGCUGGUAACUCUGAAGGAAAUCAGCACCCCUGUGGACACUUCAGACCGCUCCAUGAUGCUGAAGAUUGUCCACUCUGCAAUCAACACCAAAGCUCUGAGCCGCUGGUCAGAACUCGCCUGCGGCAUCGCGCUAGACGCUGUUAGAACAGUUGAGCUCGAGGAGAAUGGGCGCAAAGAGAUCGACAUCAAGAAGUACGCCAAGGUGGAGAAGGUUCCAGGUGGGAUCAUCGAUGAUUCCUGUGUGCUGAAGGGAGUGAUGAUCAACAAGGACGUCACUCACUCAAAGAUGAGACGGAUGAUCAAAAACCCUCGCAUCGUCCUGCUCGACUGCUCUCUGGAGUACAAGAAGGGGGAGAGCCAGACUGACAUAGAGAUCACCAAGGAGGAAGACUUUGGCAAGAUCCUAAAGAUGGAGGAAGAGUACAUUCAGCAGAUCUGUGAGGACAUCAUCCGUAUCAAACCUGAUCUGGUUUUCACUGAGAAAGGCAUUUCAGAUCUGGCCCAGCACUAUUUGGUAAAAGCAAACAUCACCGCCAUUCGCCGUGUGAGGAAGACCGACAACAACCGCAUCGCCAGGGCGUGUGGCGCUCACAUUGUCAGCCGGACAGAUGAGCUGCGUGAGCAAGAUGUCGGAGUCAAGGCAGGGCUGUUCGAGGUGAAGAAGAUUGGAGACGAAUAUUUCACCUUCAUCACAGAGUGCAAAGAUCCCAAAGCCUGCACCAUCCUGCUGAGAGGAGCUAGCAAAGAGAUCCUGGCGGAGGUGGAGAGAAACCUGCAGGAUGCCAUGCAGGUGUGCCGCAAUGUGCUGCUCGACCCCUUCCUGCUGCCAGGGGGUGGUGCCGUUGAGAUGGCAGUGUCAAAGCGUCUGACAGAGCGAUCCCGCGCUCUGACCGGUGUUGAGCAGUGGCCGUACCGCGCCGUAGCUCAGGCUCUGGAGGUUAUCCCUCGAACACUGAUCCAGAACUGUGGAGCUUCCACGAUCCGAGUGCUGACAUCACUUAGGGCCAAACACACUCAGGAGAACAGUGCAUCCUGGGGCGUAGAUGGAGAAACCGGCACCCUCUCCGACAUGUCUGUCCUCGGCAUCUGGGAUCCGCUGGCUGUGAAAGCUCAGACCUACAAGACCGCCGUGGAGACGGCCAUCUUGUUGCUGCGUAUCGAUGACAUCGUCUCUGGUCACAAGAAGAAGGAAAAAGAUGAGCAGAUGGGAGGACAGGGGGCUGAGUAGAUCCAAUUGGAUCCACGUUGACCCAGAAAAGCGGAGUCGCUCCAGCUCUCUGUGUAUAAGUGGGUGUGUGUGUAGGCUUUGUACGUGUGCAUGUGUGGGGACCAGAUGACUCACUGAAACGUAAUAAAAAUAACAACACUUGGAAACCUUAAAAACGUCUAUGGUUGUGUUCAUGCAUAAGUUUUAUUUUGUAAAGUUUUGUUGGGCUUCUGUUGAAGCUUGAAGUUUGUUAUGAAUUCAAAGUAUCUGGAGAAAAAC